AUGAAUACUAUAAAUCAACGUCAAAAUGUUGAGGACUCAAAACGCGUUUUAGAAGAAGUGAAUAGACGUCAUGAUGAUAUUAAACAAAUUGAGAGAACUAUUGCCGAAUUAGUUGAAUUAUUUGAAGAAAUGAAAUUACAGGUCGAAUUACAAGAUUAUAUUAUCGUAAAAAUUGCAAAUGAAGUAGAAAUGGUUGAAAAUGAUGCAAAAGAUGCAACAGUUGAAUUAAAACAUGCUGAGAAUAUUAUCGAACAAUUAACGGAAAGAAGGUGUAAAAACAUUUUUUACUUUGAGGUGGAGAUUUAUGAAUGA